UUACCAUAUUUUCCCUCAGUUUCAGCUCAAAGUCUUAAAGGCAAUCUUGAUUCCAUGCAACACCAGAUACAGUGUUUGGAAAACAAUAUCAAGAAGUUCCCCAAAACAGAAGAUCCUCAUGAUAAAUUUCUUGAAAAAAUGGUCAGCUUUGCUAAGAGUGCCAGAGAACAAUAUGAAAAGUUGUCCAACAUGCAUAACAACAUGAUAAAGUUGUAUGAUAAUUUGGGGGACUACUUCACUUUUGAUCCUAAAUCUGUGAGUGUUGAGGAAUUCUUUGGAGACCUAAGUACAUUCCGGACAUUAUUUUUGGAAGCAUUGAAGGAGAACCAUAAAAGAAGAGAACUGGAGGAGAAGACAAAGAGAGCCAAACUUGCAAAAGAGAAAGCAGAACGUGAAAAAUUGGAGCGGCAACGGAAGAAAAAGCAACUGAUUGACAUGAAUAAAGAAGGCGAUGAGACGGGAGUGAUGGAUAAUCUUCUGGAAGCACUGCAGUCUGGGGAAGCAUUCAGGGAUCGCAGGAAACGAAUGCCAAGGACUCAAGAUAACCGAAAAGUAACUUUGGAAAGGUCACGUUCCCGUCAGAAUGGAACUGUCGCAGCGGUAUGAUUGCCCCCACCCCACCCCGUGCCAAAGAACUGCUGUUUUAUUUACUUUAAAUGGAGACACGGUGUAAAAAGAGUGUGAAGAAUCAUGGGCAGAAAUUAAACUUAAAAGGAAUUCUAGAAAAUAAAAACCAGAAGAAUAAAUAUGUAUUUUUACAAACAUUCCUGUGUAGAAAAGAAGAAAAACCACUUAGUGUAUAUUACGAAGGAAAUAUCCAAGAGCUAAAAGCAGUGUUAAAAUAUCAGCUUCUAUUCCUUUCUCUUUCUCUCUCCUUGGUAUUGUAGUUGUUAAUGGGCAACUAAGAAUGCAGACAUGAUUAAGGGAGUUAUUCGCAGUUCUCAUAAAUGAUGUGAAUGAUAAUUUUUCUGUUUAAAUUAACAGCAUCAAAAGAUCAGGUCGGCGAUCCAGUUUUAAUUCUUAUUUUGACAUUAAAAGAAAAAAUCUGCAUAUUAAUGAAUUUAGAUGUACUGAUACAGUAGAUGAGACACUGUGUUUUGCAAACAUGAGGGGACAGUAUCCUGUCAAUUUUUCUCGAAUCCUAUUUCAAGAUAUAAACAUGAUGGAUUCAGCUCUUUGGGUUUCAAUCAAAACUUUAUUACAAAUCUAUAGCCUCAGUGGUAGAAAGAUACUUAUCACUGCUUUAAGCAAGAUCAUAGGAUUGAACCAAAGUUAAACUGUACCAUUUGCAGAACAAGUUUCAACCAUAUAUAAAGAAGGAUUUUUUAAUUGGGCACUUAUAUAAAUUUUACAGCUACAGAUUUCCAGUACUCUUGUAUUUUCUUAGUUUCAGAGUUUAAAUCUAUCAAUGAGUAAGGAGUCAGAAUUAGUUUUCUUAGGUUUACUCAAAUGGACUGUACACAACCUUUGGGCUAGAAUAAUAACAAUGAAGAGAGAGAGAGAAUCCUUAAUACCUCUAUCAUAUCACUUCUCUAUGUCUUUGGACUAUUUUGACCCAUACUUUUUCUUGAUUAGCCCAAAGAUUAUCAACCUCAAUGGACUGAAAAUAUCACACUUCUGCGGUAUGCUGUAAAAAUACUUUCUGUCCCAGUGUGUAUGCAUGUCUGUGUGCAUAUUUCAGAGAAUGAAGUGUCUCUCUUAGGAAGGAAUGUGCUGUGUUUACUGCUGAUGAUUAGAGAAAUAUUCUUAGAGGUGCAAAAAGAUACCUUAAAGCAAUUCUCACCAAUAGGUUUACAGCAGCAACUCUGAGGCACUUUGAAGGUGACGGAGGGAAGCUAUUACCAUUCUAAGUGUUGUUUAAAACUCAGGCAAACCAACUAAAAAGACAUCACACCAUUGCUAAGAUUCCUAAAUAAGUUGUUUCAAAACCACGACCGUAUACAUCAAUGGCCUACAUUAAUGCAUAAAGUUUCCAUUUUAAUUUUCUGAAGUUUCUGUGCCUCUUAGAACAUCAGUCAUAAAAAAGUAUACCUAUCUUAUGUAUUGUUUGCUUAUUGAAAACCUCCUGCAGGGGCUAAACAGGGAAUGUCUUCCUUGUUGAGACAUUCUAGAUGAAUGCUAUCCAUAACUUUCUGUUAGCCCAAGAAAAAAGAACAUUGCUUACAGUACUGCCCACUCUUAUUCCAAAGAACACAGGGCAAGAUGAAGAUCAGGUUUUAUCCUCUUACAGAUUUUAACCACUUACAGUAGACAACUGUUGUAAGAUGACCUUGUAAGCUUUCCAGCUGAACAAGGAGACCAAACUUGUUUGAGGAGGUUGCAACCUCUCGAUUCAAAACCAGCAUCUCAUAGGUACUUUAGACUCAUCUAUCAGUAUUGGAGUUGCUUACAAGUUCAGCUGUAUGAGGAACCAAACCUUGAGGGUCUACUUAUGUCUGCUGUAAAGUUCAGAAACUCAUACUAAUUUCACAGGGAGUGGAUAAGAUCUGUUGUUUUGUAGAAAUAGGAUGUCAGCUUAGCAAAUGGCACACUUGACAUAUUGCUACAGAUCUUUCCGACAAUGACUAAUAGUUUUAGUAAAAGAGAUAGCAUUCUGAAUUUUUUUCCCACUCUGUAAGAAUUUAUUAAUAGGCAUAAAGUAAGCAAUGAUGUUCUUUCAUUAUCAGUCUAAUUUGCAUUUCUCUGGCACACACAUUGAGACUCAAAACUCAUUUAAUACAUAAAGUCAAAAUGAUAACUCAUGUGAAUGUACAAAGUGUUUUCUAAUCUACAGUGUUUUCAAUUGUGCAUUGAAACUCAUAAUGACGUAAGUAAUUUCCUAGAAAUUGAAAGCCAAAACAUUAAUGAAAUUAUCAGAGCAUCUAUAAACAUAACCUUCUUAACAUGUUACAGAUUUUUUUUUUCUGUACCAUUAAUGAUUAUGGCUGCAUUAUUUUUCAUUUCCUGACAUUUUGCUGGUGAGCAAGCCAAUAGUUGGCAACUAGAGAUUUUAAAGAACAAAAAUCUAAAAAAGGAGCAAAUGCAGAAUAUCAUCUAAGCAUGUUUUGGUACUUCAAUUUUCUCAGCCCACUCACUCUGCUUUUGGAAUAUUUUAUGUAAAUUAAAAGGCAUGUACCUUAAUAAAGCAAAAAGAAAAAUAUAUAUUGUAAAUAGAGGAUAUUUGUAUUUAUAAAAUCAAAAAGUAUUUUCUGAACUUCAUGUCAGAUAAUUGAAUCUUUUGAUAACUUUUUAUUCACUUUAAUGUUCAAGGUUUUUUUUAAAAAAAACAACCUUGAUUUUGCUAUUGAUGUGAUUCCUGUUUUGUCAUAUGUUUACUUUCCUUCCUAGGAAAAUGUAGUCUAGAAGUCGAACAUCUUCCUAAUUUGCCCUUGCCUUAUUUGCUAAUUUUGAGAACAAAAAAGUACCAAAAAAUGUGUUCAUCACUCACAAAAACACACAGAGACAUAUAAAUGCAUGGGCAUUCACAUAUGCACACAUAUAACACACAUAUCUAUUUAUGCGCAGGGAAAGAAAUUUAAAAGAAUAAACCAAGAAAAAAGGAAUUAGUGGAGAGGCUCCAAGUUAUUCAUAGCAUAUAGAGCUAUUUGCAAGUAUUAUCAUUCUAAAACUCUCUUUAGGUAUAUGAAAUAAAGCUAAAUUCUCUGGUUCUAUAUCUUUGGGUAGAGCCUACACCACACACACACACUUUCAUUUACUUAAAAAUAAGUAAAUUAUCAGUAACUACUAGUCAUUUUUCAAGGAAAAUCCCCCACACAUGCUUAGGAGGCUAUGCAGUACACCUCACAUAAACAUAGUUUGUGCUUUGAUCUUGCAACCACCCUAUCCAGCAUUUAAGUGAUAGUGCAAAGGCAGAAAUAAAAGCUCGCCAAAAGCUAAACGCUCUUGUAGACAAUGCUAACUGAUUUGUUGUAACCAAACCACUAUGAAAAAUUUAUAAACAAGUCACUUUAAACAGCACGCUUCUAAAUCUGUAUUACAAAUGUAGAUGACAGUGACUGAAGUUUACCUAUUAGUGCUAACCACUAUUUACCAGCUUAUGACAUAUGUAUAUAUAUAAUAUAUAUAAUGUUGUAUACCUAGAUAUUUAGCUAUAUUCAAAACACACACACAGACAUAUUGUAUAUAUAUAUACAUACAUACAUACACACACACACACACACACACACACACACACACACACACACACACCCUACCUCAGAGUGCUGUUUUAUUACACGUGGGCCAUUCUUUCUUCCUUUCCUUCUCAAGUACA